CUUCAGUGAUGCUGAAAGGUCAAAUCUCUUGGUGUGUGUCAAAUUACGUAUUUGCUUUUCGAAUUCUCUAGGAAAGGUAAUGACGUACAACUUCCGUUGCUAACGAAAGCGCCCAACAUUUCCUUUUGCUCAGAAAGCGAAAGCUCAGUGUUUUAAAUGCAGAAUAGAUAUUCACUUUUCACGAACAACAUCUCCACUGCCAAUUGUUUUAGCUAGAAGUCAGGUGCAUUUCUGCAAAAUUCUGUUCGUCACUUGCUUUUAUCACAUGCAACACACGCAAUGUUUAUGUCAUUCACCUUGUAACGGAGUUCUGGCAGAUUUGGCGCGGAAUCACAUUGUUUAUAUUUCACUGAAAUCUGACUCAUGGUUUGCUGCCCACCCAUUCCCAAGGGAUCUCAAAGGCAACUCUGAUUGGUCUGUGGGCGGGAAGUAAUUGUAUUGAAUGUAUGACGUAGUUGAAUGGACAGUUGUGAAAGGCCCCCGGUCGACGGAUAGCAAAAGCUGGAAACUGCAAUACACAACUGUUGAAGGGAAAAAAGUACGUAUCUCAUCCAUCUUUUUUUCGGCAAGACUGUGAUCGACGGCUAUAGGGAUCAAUCCAAGGUGUUUCUCUUCUCAUCGAAUGUAGAAUAUAGCGGAGUUCGUGAAUUUCCGGUGAGUAAUUGUCGUUUUCAGUUCGAACGCGUGGAGAAAUUGGUUUUUAGUUUGUGUCGUCAUUUGGACUCUCUACGUGUAACGUAUGCCUUGUUUACUUUGGAACCUCUGCUGUUGAUUGCCUGAACAAUUUCUUUCCCUAGAAAGGUUUUCGUUUGACUUAUUGGGUAAACGUGUUCUCGAUUGGCUCUAGUGCACGCAUUUUGUUUGUUAGAAAGCUGCAAGUUUAGGUUUUAUUGAUCAUUCAGGAAGAGCUAACUGCAUUUGCAUUAACGCACGCCACAUUUUUAGCCGUCGGUGUUAAAAAGGUUUUCUCUCUAAGCAACAGCUCACUUUGUCUCGAAACAUCGCAUUAGUAAGUAACAGAUUUUGGAGAGUGGGGUUUUACUCUGUGUUACGAUCCUGAAACGAAGAGCUGUUUCCUUAUUUCGCUUUUGCAUGGCUGAAAUUUUAAUUUCCGUUCUAGUAAAGUGAGAACCUGGUGCGUUGCGUAGGCAUACCAAAUGGUUCUUUUUCCUGUUGUAGUAGUUGUGCCCGGUUUCUUCUGUUAAGGUCUGUUACCUUUUAUUUCUACCUGGAGAAUGAAAGACUUUUAUCGAAAGCUGUUCAGGCAUGAAGCAAGAUUUAUCCAGCGAUGACUACUACAACGUUUAACCUCGAAUUGUCUCGUGAUACACAUACUGCCUGUCCGGCGUUCCCGGAUUUAUCGCAACUUUAUUCCUUCUUGUUUUCUGUGAGGUGCUUUUCAGUUCAGUUGUAAUCCCAUCAUACUAGUUUUUAAGGAUGUUGUUGUCCGUCACGAGGACUCAAAAUCGUGUUGCGAACGUGUCGUAUCGUGCAGGGGGUCAAACAGCAGUCAGCACACAAUUCUUUGAAUGUAAUUUGUUGGGGCUGUCUGCAGGCAUCAAGUUUAGUGUGGUUAGCUAUUCUCCAAUCGUGCAGAUCACUUUUUUGGUUGACUAAACGAAAGGUUGUUUGACCAUUUUUCAGAGGAACUUCUUGUUUCAACAUGGUCAGGGUUUCAGUUUUAAUUUCUGAUGAUCGUGUUUCAGCUCGUGUUUUAUUGAUCUUCCAAUUUGCUUUCUUUCAGCUUGGCGUUACGAAGAGUGAAUUACCACCUCUACGUAGGCAAGAGCGCCUUUGCCUUGGGGCUCGUGAACAGCGUUGAGAAAAGUAGAUCUGGUGCAGUUGUUGCCUUUUCGUUAUGUCUUUUGAGACAUUUCCUUGUGGUAGCCCUUGUGUGAGCCCCGAAGAGCCUGCACCGUCUCUUUACGUCGAAAACCCCGACGAGGAUCCGAGCAGAUUGCUAAUCAAAAAGCCAAUGGAAAGUGAACCCUCGCGACUUGCCGAGACAGCAAAUAUAGAGGACAAAAUAAUGAACGAAGAUGAAAUAGCUCAAGUUAACGCGAGUGGAGGCGAGGGGCUUAAAAAUAACACGCUAAGCGAGGAUGGUCGUACAAGGAAGAACGGUGACGAUUCAGCACGUCGUGUUGAAGGUCGUCAUGUUUACGAUAAGGUCGACAUUGCUAGACCUCACUGGAUUCACCUAAAUUACGGAAAUCCGGCGACAAGCCCAGCGCAUUCCUCGCUUCUGAAAGAACAACAACUGAAAGAAAGUUUGCCGUCUGGCCAAAAUUUUGAAUCUGGGGAUCGCGCCAGUGUUAUUAUCAAGCGAUCAAAGGAACAAGAGGAAAUUGACUCAGACUCUGACAACGAAUCACAAGAUACGAGCAAAGUAAACACGAAUGAUUCACUUCGCUGCAAUGAGAAUAUUUCUGGUAUUGAGGCAAGUGAGGAAAAUGUAGCGAGCUUGCACGGUCACUCGCGUGCGAUCUAUUAUAAUUAUGAUGUGAACCACGAGGAACUUCGCAAAUUGCAAGACAAAGGAAAUGCUAAACUUGUGCGAGGGAUACACGGUGAAGCAAAAGCUGUGCCGAUCUAUUACAUGCCUGCUGGAUACUCACAUAUGGUCGCUAUGCCAGGCGGUGCAUCCGCCGGGAAUGCAAACAUGCUGCAGAGAGAUCAUUUUGCACAAGCAAACUCGAACGAGGUGAAACGCCUCCACUUGCAGCAGCACUUGGAUUACGUGGCAGGAAGACCCGAGCAGCAAGUCCCAGUUGCAAGUAAUGUGAACACAAGCGAGCGAUAUGGGAGUUUGCAGCAUGGUUCAGCUGCUCCCGGCAUUCAAUAUGUUGACAGACGCCUAAUGCACGGGGGUUAUGCCAUGGUACCCGGAAUUGGACCCGUCUUUUACCAGGGUAUUCCUGUAGGAGGGGAUCAAAGCCAUUAUGAAAAUUUUACGUCACUUCAACAACAAUUUGUACCCAUGAGCAAUAUCCCAGCCGAGACAACAAGUAGUCAACCACAAGCUCAGCCAACCACUUCCUCAGGUGCUAACAAUGAUCAUGCACACCAGCGAAGCCAAGAAAAGCUGCUAAGUAAGCGUCAAGUGUGCUUGUGGUAAUUAUGGCUAGUGAUCAAAUUAGAGUGUUCCAAUAUUAGAUAUUAUUUCUGACCUAUAUUGAACUCGGCUAUCCAAUAUAACUAUCCUUUAUGACGAAAAUCCUUCUUUUCAAUGCAAAGUGGAGUAAUCAUGACAGGUGUAAAUCCGGGCCUCCCUUCUUUAUUGUUCUGGUAUUCCCUUAAGAGAAUUUGCAAGUUUUUAUUUCCCACAAUAGUAUUCACAUUUGUAUUGUUUAAAUAUUUUGACAGCUAUGAGCUCCAAUUUGAUAUUUUGGCCCCUGUUUUCAUCCAUCUCUGCAUGCAAUGUUCGGAAAAAAUGUAAAGCAAUUUCCUACAAGGAUAUGAUCUAAGAUAUUACCACCAAUAGUGUUUUGCAAGUAUUUUUGGCAAGACUAGACCUGCUGUUUGUAAGAUUUUUAUCCAUAAGUGGCUUUUUUGACCUCAUCUCUGCAUGCAAUGCUAGGAGAAAACUUGAAACAUUUGUUUGCAAGUAAGUUCAAUAUGAAAUUUUGGAGAGUUUUUUAUCCCACGUUGAACAGAAAAUCAUUGUUUUAUACAUGGUUUUUAUUAAAGGUAUAUGGUACAUUAACUUUCUUGGUUAAUUUUAGUGAGUAAAUUGCAUGUGUCAAUAUAAGCUUAGACAUUCCUGUUCAACAUCUUUGCCCGUGGAUUUGUUGUUUUCAAGAUAAAUCUUUAAUUUGAAGAGGUCAUGUUUUACCACAAAUGGAGGAACAGAUGCUCUGAAAUUUUCAAUAAAUUUGUUUACAACUAUAAAUUCCUGUUUUUAAAAAACGUUGUUUGGAUCGGAUUGUGUUGGUAUAGAAUUUGUAUUGUAAACAUUCUAUAUGUUUUAAGUUUGGUCUGAUGUCUGAUCACAGUUGUCUGACAAAUUAUGUGUUCAUUGCAUUUUGUUUGAAAAAUCCUGGCAUGCAUGGUUGACUCAAUUUUCACUUAAAAGUUAAAAGCAUUUUGUUCAGCCAGAGUGAUAAAUUGUGAAUUUCAUGUUAGUGGAGAGUUGUUGACCUUUUUUGUCCAAGGGCAAACAACAGCUAAAAGGAAUUUGGCAUUUUCUGAAAGCAGAAAUGUGUAAUUUGAUAUGAUCAGAUUAGAUCAGGUUUUUUAAUUUCCAGUGAAGGAUCUAGUCUGUGAUUGGCCCUUGUUUAAGUAAUGAACAUGGUGGAUUCACUUAAUAUUUUUCCUAUGUAUAUAUGUUACUAGCCUCAUGCAGAGCCAUGGAAUAUUAUUGGUCCGUCUGACAUGUGGAGCAACCAAAACGUCUGAAUGAUGCAUGCAAUGUGGUGAAACUGAGCUUGUGAUUUUCAUGUUUUGAAUUCCACAGAUGCUUCCAAGCCUUACGCAAGCCCUGUGCAUCAUACCUCUGUUGUGUCUCCAGCAUCAAGCUUGGAGGAAAAGAGAUUGACAAAUUCCCCAGCUGUUAAAAGUGAAAGUGGCAGUCCAGCUCCAGUUACUGUGGCAGAGGAUGGCGAUGGCAAAAGAGGGGUGCAGGCAAAAUUGAAGGGAAAGCCCAAGCCAGCGUCUGGAACUAGCAAACCAGAAAUUAAGUGUGAACAAUGUGGAAAAACAUUUGGUUCAUCCAGUGCUCUUGCAAAACAUAAACUUACACAUAGUGAUGAAAGAAAAUAUGUUUGUGGUACUUGUGGGAAAGGAUUCAAGCGCCAGGAUCAUUUGUAAGUGAAUAUGGUCAUCACUGCAAUCUAUCUUUUAUGCUGAAACUAAAAUUGUAAAUUCCUGAUUAAACAGCCCUAGCAUAAAAAAAAUUAGUAGUUACAAAAUUGGUUUUCUUAUAUAUCUUAAGAAGCAAAUUUUAGAGUUCCUUUGGAAAGGUUCACUAGUCAAGAGGCUUUUCUGUUCAUAGAUUUUGCGAGCUUGUGAUCCGAAUAAAGAAAUAUAGGAAGCUUUUAAACCCUUGACCUUCAAAACUAGGAUACCCAGUGAUUAAAUUUUGAGCAAAAGCUUUUUCAGACGAUUUCCAAAGAGUGCACCAAAUGAGGCACCAGGGGCCACAAAAUGCUGGUAAAGCACAACCUUGGAUGUUGUUUUGCAACCUGCAAAGUUAAAUAUUUGACUUACCAUUGUUUAGUAUUUGAAGUGGAAGGAGUCUUAAGUGAAGGGUAUCAUGCUGUCUUUUAAGACAGGACGCUGAAGGCCACCGAGAGCAGAUUGAUAAAUUAGGGUGAAAUAAUGUGCAGAUUAUGAAGAUGUACUAAUUUACUCUUUUCAUGAAACAAAACAUGUGGAAAUACCGUAAAAUUCCGAAAAUAAGCCCCGGGGCUUAUAUUUUUCAAAGGCCCUUUUUGAGGGGCUUAUUUUUGGAGGGGCUUAUAUUUGGAGGGGCUUAUCUAUGGAGGGAAAUUUGCAUCUCAAAAUCGAGGAGGGUUUUUUGCGUUACCGGUUUGGGGGGCUUAUAUUUGGAGGGGCUUAUUUUCGGAAUUUUACGGUAACAGUGUACAUGUAGAUGCUUCAGUCUGUUGCUCAGCUUGUAUUUUUCUCACGUUUAAAAUUCUAAUCACCAAUUGGAGAGUAAGCCAAACGGCCCUAUGGAGGCUGAAUCAAACAAACAGGCUUAUUAAAAUACCAGACAUUUUGCUGUAUACAAACACAACAUGCCUUAAAAGGAUCCAAAAAAUGAUUGUACAGUAAUGUGGUGCGUGGUUCCUUCUAGAACAUCAUUUUCACUAACAGCCUUAAGUCUUGCUGGACUUUAGAUAUGCUUGUGUUGCUGCGGAAACCAGGCAUUAUGAAAGUUACGCAUGCCCAGCACUGGGUGAUGUUAGUAAAUUAUUAACCCCUUUUUGCCAACUUAGUAAUAAAAAAUAUAUAUAUUGACCAAUUUAUGGAACUCUUUAUAAUAAUUGUAUUAUUGUACAAAGAAUGAGUAAACUGAGUUCUAUUUAACUUUUAUUCUUGUUUCCAGGAAUGGCCAUAUGGUGACCCACCGUGACAAAAAGCCAUAUGAAUGCAACUUUAGUGACUGUGAUAAGAGUUAUUGUGACAUGCGUUCCUUGCGUCGACAUCUUGAGAAUCAUCACACUGCUAAUGGAAUGAGCGACUCCAGGACCCAUGGAGCAGUAAGUCCAUGCAGUGAUAAACCAACUGUUGCAAAUGUUGAGCGAGCAGAUUCACCUAGAAAUUUGACAAAAUUGGCCAAGGGUAGAUCACUUAAAGACAGAACUGACCAUCUUCAUGCCAGUGGUUACGACAGCGGCCGUAGCUCGGGAAGAUCCACACCUGGAAGCACACAUGAUCCUGGUGUCGCUCGUGAGAGGCCAACUAAUUUACCCUUAGAAGGACCUGCCUUGAAUCCACUGAGAGAGCGCAAUAGUGAUAGCUUCAGUUCAACUGCAUCUGAAGAGGUUGUUGGCAAUUCUGGGGAACAAAGUGUACCAGAAAAGUCAACUGAUGCACCAAAGCCCGUCUUAGCUGGUGACUUGCUCAAACAGGCUGCAGAUAGGUUUAAGACACAACAGAUAGGACGAAACCCAGGUGAUAUGUGGCCAGAACGAUUUCAGCAGCAGCCUUAUAUGGUGUACCACCCUUACGGCACCUCGGAGCAACAGUGGUAUCCCACAAUGUAUGCCCAGAAUCCACGCUUUGUGUAUCAAUAUCAUUCUGUAUUCCCAUCAGUUUAUCAGGUGCCUGUCACUGGCCUUGUCAGCGAGCCUCGUCAGCGGAUGAUGAGUGAUUCAGACACCCCUGAAGUGACAAAAACAGUCGGUGGUUCAUCACAGUUAAAGCCAUCGCCCUCUCAAGAGAAUAAUCGUUCAACUGAUGCCAUGCAGUUAGCUUAUCUCAGACAACAUCAAGUUGGAAGGGCCACAGGGACACCGACUGACCCUACUGCUGUUGCUGUGGCAACUGCUAAAGAAAUGGGACAUUUUAGAUAUGCAGGAGAGAGUUAUUAUGGAGCCCACCCUCAAGGCACACAGUGGCAACAGGUUAGUUUUGUUGUUAUAGUUAAUAACUUUGAGCCAAAGGGCUUUAAAAAAACUUAAGAAAGAAUCCAUCAGAAAAUUGAGUAAUUUCAAUUUUCAGUGGACGAAAAACCUUGCACUAGAAUAAUUUUAACAAUAUCGCAUUCAUUUUUUAGAUUUUUCAGGGGCUGUAGAUAUAAUAAGUUAUCUGUAAUAGCAACAAAGACUAUUUCUCAUGGGAGCCCGAGAAAAUGCUUAUUGUGCAUAUUAAGUGCAAAUCCCAAGUCUGCAUUGGCAUGUACAUAAAAAAAUAAUCUAUUGUCCUCAUUCAAAAAAGACCAUAGUUCCCUGGACACAUGUCACAAACUCAAAAUUUUUUUUAUUAAAAACUGUCAAGCAUAAUUUAAAUUUUAGGGAACAAAGUCACCUGUUUCAUUGGCGACAUCUUGUUAUUUCAUCUACAGACUCAAAAGUUAGAGCAGCAUUUUCAUUUUAAAAAAUCAUUAAUUCUUUGAUUUGCUGAAAGGGUACCUAGGUGGAUACAGGGGUCAGCGGGGUAAAUCUAUUUGCGUCGUGUUUAGUUCUAAUUUUAGAGUGAUCUCAGUUACAUUAUUUGGAAACAGAAUAUUGCUUUGUCUUCGGCUAUUAAAUUAAUAUUCAAAUUUUAGAGGAAAACUUGUGGAGCUAGUGGUGGAAUAUCAUCAAGACCACCAAACAUACAUGUGAUCUUUACAAAUAAGCAAAUUUGUAGAAUUUGGGUAAUCUGGACUUAUGCCAAUGUUGGUGCAUUGUGGUAUGUGGUUUAUAAAAAAGAUCCUCAUGAAUUUUUUGGCUUUGGCCAUGUCAAAACAGUGUUUUCUUUUUUCUUUUAAAUCACUUCAAUAAUGGUAGAAUGGAUUACUCUUAUACAGAAUGUGGCUCAUUUAUUGUACAUUUUAAACUCAUACUUUUUGAAAGAAAUGUAUUCAAAAUUUACCUUUUACUUUCUUUUAGAACUGAACUUGCUUUUAAUUCCACAAAGUGUUUUUUUUCUAAGGUUGUCAGAUUUUUAUUCAUUAUGGGUCAUAGUAUCAAUGCAAUCUCAGAUAAUCAUGUUUGCUUUUUGUGAAGCAGAGUUUGUGCAGACCUGUCCUUUCCUCACUUGGCUGCCUUCACGUACAGAUCAAGAUGAAUAUUUAAUGUGUAGUACUUCAGGUUUAAAUUGAAUGAAUUUCAGCCAAUAGUAACCUUAAAUACUGCAUCAAUAUCAAAAGUUGGUGGCCUUUGCGUCACUUCUCAGACCAUCUAAGCUAGUGGCAAACUUUUGAAUAUUUUUGAAGAGAUGGACCAAUAUCCAAUUGUUAUUCUGCAAACAGAAGGGUUUGAAUUUGAAAGCCAAAUAUUAUAAAGCUUAACAUGAUAAAUAUUCAUGAGAAAUUCAAUUGUUUCUAGGCAGCCAGCUGUUUCGUUGGUUAUUCUUAUCACCUGUGACUAACACUGUCUUCCUGUCUCUGAUUGGUUUAUUGUUGUUUGACUUGACACAUGAUUGACUUGUGGUUGUCUUCUGUGGUCCAUUCAAAGCUAGUAAAUUUGCAUUUUGGCCAGAACCAAAAUUAAAUUUCCUUCUCCUUGUUGUGGUCAUGUGAUCAACUGUUUCUCGGUCCUGUUGUUUUUGCUUGAAGUGUGGCACGUCAUUCAUGAGCUGUUGUAGUGUUUCAACCCUAGCAUUGUAGACAGAUCCUGCAAGGACUUGUGUCCUCUUAAACCAAAUGGAAUUCAGUCAUAAAGUUCUCUUUCAACUCUGCCCAAAUGGAAUUCUACCAAGCUUAGUGCUUUUUGUGGAGCAAAAUGGUUAAGGCAUGUAUUUUAUUCUUCUCUCAAGCAAGUUUAUAUACCUCUGAGGCUAGCUAUAAAUGCUCAACUAAAAUAUAACAAGCUGAUUCAAUCCAGGGUUGCUGUAUUGGCUCAGGGAUUUAGUCUUUGACUGUAAGGCCCUCUGUUGAUAAUCUUUUUGUAAAACAAAGGUUCAAGACAUCUGAUAAUUUCAUAUCUUUUUUUAUCAUCUCUAAUUUUGCUGCAGAGUAGGUGAUCCUUUAAUUUUGAUUACAUUCAUUGUAUCUUUGAUAUUUUUAGUAUUUCCUUUAUGGUCUUGAUCAAGUUUACCUGUCCCUGUGUGUGCUCUCUGUUUUAGUAAAGCAUAAUAAAUUUUUACUGCUGUUUAGCAUCUCCAAGGAAAAAUUUUCAUUGUCAGGAAAGAGGAGAAUUUAUUUUAAUUUAUUACAUGUUGCAUUACCAUCACACAAUCUAUAGUAAGUGAAAACAGCAUAUAAAAGGUAAAAUUUUGUAAGGUUUGAGCUUAAAGAAAAAUUAAUGGUUUCAAAAAUAAUAUUGUAAGUUUCUUAACACCUUUUUUGCUCAAAUUUGUAUUGGUGGAAAUAAGAUUUUUUUAUUUUUGUGCUAACAGUUCCUUGAAAAUGGGUAAUGUUGGUUGAAAUGUCUACUUGAUCUAGUGAAGGUUAUCUUAAAGCAUUGUUUUUAGUGGCUUCAAUGCAACAACAGUAACAUAACUUUUUCUACAGAUCAAACCAGAAUUACACAAAAUACUUUUUAUCUGGGCCCAGUACCAUUGCAUAAUAUGCUGUAGUUUUUUUUCUGUCGUGGCUCAUUUGUUUUUCUCAUUUCUUUUGUUACAAACUCAUUCUUAUACAUUACCAUCCCCUAACACAAAAUAAAAUUAAAUGUUAACCUCAACAUAAUUCAACAUGUUCACCAUCACCACCAACAUAUGCUUUUGGAAAAAAGUCCUGGCAAGCUCUCUGAAUACUUUGAUGUCGUCAGUAACACAGUUGGCUCAUAUCACUGAAUAUAAAUAAGGACUGCUUAGAUAAUGAAAGCUCUGUUCAGGGUGCAAAGAAAAUCAUUUUUACAGCUUGCCUUUUGGGCAAUCUGAUGCUAGCAUUUACUAGCCCAGUCAUCAUUUCAACUAGCCCCAAAAGCUUUUUGACAAGCAGAAUUGAUUUCACAGUUCUUCUGUUAUUCAAAUUCCUCAAAACACAUCACUUGCCCGUCGGGCAAGAUAAAAAGAGAAUUCACUAGCCCGAUAGCAAAAUCCACUAGCCCCGGGCUAUCAGACACUACUUUCUUUGCACGCUGCUGUUGCUAUUAGUUUAGUAUCAAGAUCUCAGUGAAUACUUACCUAAUGUUCAUAAGCACACAAGGUCAAUACCCAACAUGCAACCAGCACAACACACCAUAAUAAUAGAACAAUGAAAUUAUCAUGAAAAAGAAUGAUGCAGAAUAUAUAGGAUCGUAAUCACAAUGGCUCUAUAAUACUGAAAGAUUAUCCUGUUAAAAUAUUCUAUUUAUUGAUUAUUUCAUAUCUAAAGCUUUGUUUUUUUUUCGUUUUGUUGUUGCUUUUUUUUCAAUGAAAUUGUGACAUUUCUUAGUUUUUAAAGUGAUUGAUGGUGUUAGUUUGAAUAGCCCUUGCCUAUCACUAGAAUUAAAUGUCUCACUGAUGUAAAUAUGUUUGUGCAGUUGUACAAACCCAGGGUCAAAUUUUUAGCCUGAGAAAUGAAUAUUUCUCAAUAGGCACAUAAUUUGGUAAGUGUCUUGUAUAGAUAGCCUCUACAUCAGUUAUUGUCAGUGUAACUUAUUUCAUUUUAAAUUCCCUAGGUUCGUUAUGAUGAAACAACAAAUGCUUACAAUUCAGCAACAUCAAUGGGUAACAGCAAAUCGUCAGGUUAUGGUCAUGCCACAGUACCAGAUAGUAAUGGGCUGGCAAACAGCAAUGCUGAGUCAAAUCAUUUGGACACGGUAUCACGCGGAACACAGUUCCGUCCUGGAAAACUGGAUACUAACAGUGAACCACCUGAAAAAAGACAACGAUUGUCGGAAGUAAGUGCUGGCGAAAGAGAAGGCAUUAAUGGAGCACUGCAUGGUCAGAUUAAACUUGAAGACAAUAAUAAUUCACAGGAAAAAGUGAGAGAAGGGCUAUUCAGAAAUCCAGCAGAGAUAGUCACCCCACGACGUAAGCAGAGGCCACGACCUGAACCCUUGACGAUCCCACCAUCAGCCAGUACUACCUACUAUUCAAAUCGACCAAACUCACCAAUGAGCCGCAGCAGACCAUGCUCGCCACCUUACACACCUCCACCCAUGUUGAGCCCACGCAGUAUAUAUUCUAUCGGAAAUAUAACCCCACGAUUGGGCCCAUCCAUUCAAGUGCCCACAACUCCUAGCAGGCUUCAGCUACUCAGCAGUCACAGCCACAAAAGUAAGACAUCAUUCUAUGUACAUUUGUUAAAUACAAGUGAACUUUCUAGGAGUGAUCAGCCUAAAUGCCAAGAUUUAAUGGUCACUUAAUAGGAGGCUAACGAUUACAAAAGUGAAACUAUGUACAGGGUACCUCUUUUGAGAACAGCUGUAUUAAAAACGCAUCUGUCUAUUCAAAGAAAAGUCAUUUGAACAUUUUUUUGGUUGCAAUGCAAACAGUGCUGAGCUGUCACUAAAAAUUAUUUUGUAAACUCUAAGUGGCAUAGUUCAUGCAGCAAACAUGGAGAGCUCCAACGAAAACAAUAUUAUUUGAAAAUAAUGAAACUUAUAAUUCCAUCACCUCAAAAUCUUGAUCUUGAAGUGGUGCUGGUUGCUUUUACACUUGUAGGUUUUACUGUAGCUGAAUUUUAGAAGUAAAAACUUUGGUACAUUAGCUUUUGAUCUUUUUAUUACAUAUGAAAUACACCGUUUAAAUCUCAAGUUGGAUAUGCUAGGAUUAGUCCCUCAAAUAAGAAGACAUUUUGCAUCCUGUUUCUUAGGUUCUACUUUAUGGGAAUUUUUUUUCUCUCUUUCAAGUUUAAUGCUGUAAUGCUAAUGACUUUCCUUAUUUUUCAGGCUUUGAUUUAACAGGAGAUGAAGAGUCAUUACCUUUUCCUGAACCGUAAGUAUGACUAAUCUAUUGUUAGAUAAAAAGAAAGGAAUACAAUUCUUCCAAAUACAUGACAAGCUCAGAAGAUAUCCAAUCAUAUAAUCAGAUCAUCACAAAAUAUACUUUGUGGUAUUGCCUUUUGGUAAAAAACUCUAAGCCAAUUCUUACAAGGAAGAAAAUGCCCACAUGCAAUGGCUCAAGGACAGUGUUAUGAUCGUUUCAUACUGUGGACAACUUAUGCAUUUUUUACAGAUUUGACGUUGAUUUGAUUUUGUAAAGAUUGAAGUCAACAAUAUAAUAUUAUUGAGAGAGCCUGGUACUCUAAAAACAUUCAGAUUAAUGAACUGCCAUUUACAUUCUUGACAGAAAAAUCAAUGUUGGUCGAGAGUUUCAAGCAGAAGUACCACCUUUUGCUGGUAAGUUGUCAACAUUAUUUUUAGAAAAUUAUCAGAGUUUUAGUCUGUCAGUGGGGUGCAAAAAUAGCCAAUGUCCCUCCCACUCUAUCAAAUAAGUCCCUGCAAACAUCCCAGGCUCUAAUAUGCUCUCUCUCCUCAAACUGUCCUUGGUUAAUGAUUAGUGUUGCUCAAUUUGCUGGUGGAAGUUUACACAAUGAUUGUGUUACUAUCAAAAGUAAAGUUCUUUUCACGAUGUUUGAUGUCAAUGUUGGUUUUUCUUACAAAGGCCAUAAAGAUGAUGCAAAAUAUGAUGACCACAAAGCAACUUUAGUUUGGAAACCAGUUGAUGAAAAGAAGAGAUCCAGAAGAGAAGAAAGUGAGUGUGCUGGGUUUAGUCUUUCGUUUCUUUUUAUCGUGUGAGUAAUGAUGGAGCGGGAUUAAAUUUUUACUGUAAUUUUUUGGAGUUUUGAUACAUGCCACUGGGCAAGUGCCUGUUGCAAUAACAUUAAAAAAGAAAAAGGAAGUUGUAAAAAUUAUCAUGUUGCAAGCAUCAGAUUUAGAAAGAAAGAUUGGGUCUAAAAUGGGUCAAAAUGUUAAAUUAAAUCAUUGGUUUAUAAAGUUGUCCUCAAGAAAGUAAACUACAAUUUGCUAUUGAAAAAAGGAACCAUGCAUGUACAUCUUUAGUUCAUGAAGCCUGUACUUACAGUGGUGUUACAUGCAUAAAAUGUGGUAUAUGACUACCAUAUCCUGGCCAUUUGUCUAAAAUACAACUUCUAAAAUUUCAGUUGAAUCUUUCCUGGAGAUGGCCUGUUCUGUUGCUGUAUUAGGGGGUGGAUCAAACAAAGAAUAUGCCCUGCACAUCUUGCAUAGAGCAAAUGGCAAUGUCAAGGUAAUUUAAAAGUUUGAUGUGAUACUUAAUCAAGUUUGAGAGUGCAUUCCAUUGGGAUGAUCUGGAUAAGUAUCGGUGAUCUGAGAUCACUUGGAUCCUAGCGCAUCAAAGGAACCGAUGAAUCCACCCUGGAAAAGGAUUAACCACUUCAUCUGAUGUUCGACGAUCCGAUUGAUCUCAGAUCCUGAUUCUGGUCUGGAUCAUCCCAAAAGAACGCACUCUUAGUUUUCAUGUCCUUGAUGCUGAUGUCUGAACGUGAACUCUUUGUAAUAACUGUGUUAUGUGUCUUGACAGGAGGCAGUUAAAUUGCUGCUAUGUCAGAAAUAUAUUGCACAACAAGGUGACCCCAUGUAUGAUUAUCACUAUGAAGGUAAAGUUCAUUUCCACUGGCCUUUGAUGUAAAUUAUGUUAUUUUUAUAGUAUUAUACAGUCUGUGACAUAUUGCUUUGUGCGUUUUCAGGAUCAGUUCGAUGGGCAUCAAAGGAAAGGCAGAUUUUUAGGCAGAACUUCAGAACAAAGGGCAAAGAAUUCAAUGAAAUUAAAAAGGAUGUAAGUGUGAUGUUGUUAUAAUGGCAUUUCAAACAGGCUAGUUUAUUCUCGUUGAUGCAGUCAAAUCUGUUAUAAAAAACAACCUGCCAUUUACUUAGUUUGGAAGUUAUGUAUACUGUAAUAGCUGCAAUAGCUUUGGAACAUUAAAAAACUAACAUAAGAUUGAGUUUUGGACUAUUCACUUCCUUAAUCUAGUGUUAGCACCUUUUAUCAAGGAAAAUUGUUUAGCAUUUCUGUCCCUUUUCUUUCGAAAUUGUGACACUAUAAUUUUAUUUUUAGUUAGUUAAAGUAGGGGUACAAAUGUUGUGGUAAAUUUAUGGCUUUGCAAUACGGCAGUCUGGGAUUUAUGCUGUUCCCAAAGACUCUGUUGAAAAAUCCCAAUUGACUUUGUAUGUGUAAAGUAUUGUAACCUUCCACUUAUUGUUGGUAUUUUUCAUUGCAGGUUGGAGACAAGAAAACAAUAUUUGAUUGUAUUGAGUUUUAUUACCAAUGGAAAGCUGCGUACCCUGAAGCUAUCCGUGGAAGAACUCGCUACAUUGACUCAGACUCUGAUGAAGUAAGUUAACCUCAGAUAAACAAGAAUGAUACCCUUUACUGAAGUUGUGAUACAGACUAAGUUGUUGCAGUCCAUAAAUCCAACUUAAAUGAGUAACAAGGUUCCAUAAGUUACAGUACAGACCAAGAAAACAAGGUUUAUAGCUCUGGGUUUAAGUAAAGAGGGGAAGAUUUCAGUUUAAGUGGAAUGGCUUUUGACGAUUUAUACAUGCCUAAUCCUAAAAACAGGAAAAUUUAAUACGUGUCUAAAAUUGUUGAGUCGUCAAAAACAUUCAUACGGUAGUAGGCUUUCUGUCGCAAAUUGUGAUCAAAAUUAGCAAACAUCGGAAUUAAGCAGUCUAGUGAAAUACAUGCAGCUAAAUUGACCAAUAAGAAGGGAUGUAGUAUAUGAGAGAGAACUUGAUAGUAAUGUUAAGUAUUAUUUGCUAACACUUAGUCCUUGUGUAUUUUUAUCAGGACUAUGAAGACACCUCAAGUGAAACUAACAGUAACCCCUCCUUUUUUGAGUGCGAUUUCCCUCAGUGCAAUGCUGUAAGUUGAGAUGUUUCUUGAAGAUCAUUUGUUGUUAAGCAAAUAAACCUGAUGCUUGUGCAAGUGGCAUCGCUGAUCCCUGCAUGCAGUGUAUAGUGUGCAUGUCUUAUAUGAACUUAGUAAGUUGCCAGCUGUUAGCCUGAGCCACAGACAAAUCUAUACCCCUGGUUCAGUCCAUCUUCGAAACAGCACUGAAAUCCAUGUUCUGGGACUCAGCUGUGUAUCAAGAUUUGAGUACGUGCCAUGAUUGACCUGUUUAAAAAGCCAUUGUCCAUAUGCCAAUCAGGUUGAAGGGAAAUUUGAAACACAUUUAGCACCCUUUGCAGACAUGACUAAUCAGGAUUAGAUGACUUUUGCGACACAGGCUAGCUGAGUGUCUGCCUACCGUGAGUUUUCCUGUAUAUAUGUGAAAUAUAGAACACCCAAUCUGUUGUUUAACAGAUUUGAAGCCUAUCUGGCAGUGACUCUUUUCAUUUCAUUUUGCUUUGCUUUUUUCUUGAUUCUCAUUCAUAGUCGACUUUCUUGUUUCUUUACAGAAAUUUGUAUCCAGACAAGCUCUCAAUGGUCACAUACGUGUUCAUGGAGGAAGGUACCUAGCAGAAUUUCCAUACUUUGUAUUGUUGUUACUAACUUCACUUAGUAAAAGUGCACAUACAUAAAAAUUUUCCCUUGAAUAGUUAGCACAUACAAAACUUAAAAGUGGAAGUCUGUGGGUAGGAGUAACGAUUCAUAUUCCUUGCAGUUUGAUUCGAUUAUGUGAAUGUUUCUUAAUUCUUAUAACAUAACGCGUAAUGUAAACAACAUGCAACCCUAAACCCUCAAUUUGAGAAUAGUAGCAGGGAUAGGAGGAUUCACCGUCGCUUGGUUUGUUGCCAUGUUUGAGAACCUGACAAAGAGCGUGACGCACAUAGUUUGCCUUAUUUGGAAAUUCUCAAGGGGUGGUUGAAGGACAGCAUUUUUACCAGGCAACAAAAAAUGGCGCACAAAAUGCUCUUUCCUCAUCAAUCAUAAAUGCACAAUUUAAAGCGUUCUGGAUUUCGAUUUUACAAUAUGAUAACUCACUAAGGGCACCCUGGAAAAGGUGUGCAAAAAUCGAACCAAAAUCGAAACUUGGAAGCAAAGAAUCGUGAAUCGAACCGAAUGGUCAUAAUAACGAUUACCAAUCGAGAAUUCUAUUAAUCGUUACGCCACCAUCUGUGGGCAAAACCUAAAACAUGGCCAGAGCACUUCCACAACUCAGAUACUCACGUAAAACAAUCUUAGCAAAAGCCCUUAGAGGAUGUUAUUGUUAAGCUGUUUGUUUACUUUUUGUUUGUGAACUUUUUCCCGAACUUUUUCUUUUCAGUGAGAAUUGAUUACAUUUUUUACUUUAUUCCUCAGCUUCAUGAAGCCUUCCGAACCAAGACGUAAGAAUCGUAAUACAACAGUCGCAGCAUCAAAUGGAUCAAGUCAGGGCCAUGUUGUGAGGAAGAGAAAGUCUCCUUCACCUGCUCCUGCAACCAGCAUGUCUGAGUUAAAUAACCAAGAUGGUCCACUGCCUGAGUUCGCUUGUAAAGUGUGUGGCAGGUGAGUUUACACUUGUAGUGCCUCAGAAUCUAAAUCUGUUAGAGGUACUGUGUCGCACAGUCCCGUUCAUUUUGUUUAAUUUUGCCAAUUUCUUGCCCUCAGUCGCCAUGGCACUUAAAGUAAGCAAAGAAAUUACAGUUAAAUGACAAAAUCAGAGAUUCGAGACAAACAAAUAUGUCUCCUGAGCAUUAUUUCUGAAGUUGCAAGCAGCAGGGAUCAACUUUGAAAAACUGUUAGGCUGAACAGUUUUCCAAAAACCCUAAUUUCAAUCUGUUUCAAUCUUCUUCAGUUUUGCCCAUCCAUGGCAUCUUUUUUUCUGUUCUGUUACUUUAACCUUCCUUUAAAGUUUAAAGCAGUUUUUUUUAUGUUUCUCUUAAUUUAACGGGCAUUUUGUAAUUUCCUAAUUUGGCUGAAUUUCAUGGCACAGCUCCUUUAAGAAGAGGUUUCACUUUAGUGUGACUCAGUUCUUCCUCGUUGAGACAAAAGCCAGACCUGUCUGACUUCGUUUUUUACUUUGUUUGGAUAGGGUGACGAAUAUCUUUAGGGUGGGGGAACAGAGGAAAAUGGAUAUUGGUAUCUGAUUCAUAUAUCUGUUGCUUUGAUUAUUGAGUUUCACACUGUACUUACUUCAUUUGCAGAAUAUUCCACAAAAUCAAAAGCCGGUCAGCACACAUGAAAACCCAUGUGAAAAGACCUGAUGAUGAUGAUAGCAAGAUGGCUGC